AUGAAUGGCCCGGACGGUCAUGGCAACUGGAAGGUCAUUAACGAUGGAUCCGAAAACGAAGACAAAGAAGACAAGCAGUCCGACGACAAAGAAAUCCUUGCACGAACAUUAUCAGAACCUAAAUCCGUGUGCAUCUUGUCAGAUGCAAAGACCGAGAUGUCGACCGUUAUCGAGCUGCCUCCAUCCAAGCUGAAGCUUCCUCAACUUGCCAACGAUACAACCGAGCGUGUCUUCCCCAUCCGAUCUGUUGUUUCUUUCGAUUCCAAUCCAUCUUCGGCCCUUCAUACACCUUCGUUAGACAAACUCGAGACUCCCUUCUCUCCAUUCACCGAUGCACUCAAGAAGAAUGGGACGAUUGGAGUGGGUUCCACAAAACGGCCGGACUAUUUGGCUCGCAUGCGUCAGGAGAGAGGAAGCUAUUCUGGGGUAUCGCCAUCGCUUUCAAUAGUUCCGACACUCGGUAAUCCAUUCCCGGAGUCGAAGUCAAGUUCACCCAACAGUCGGGGCUCUCCAGAGACUCCUAGUCUUCAAGAACAAUUGCAGCAGACCAAUCUGGAGGGCGGGAGGAUUUUGGAUAUCAGCAGAAAGACAGCAGGUUUGCAAUACUCACAUGAAGAUGAAGUUCGGACUUUGAUUCAACCGUUUGGCGCAUUCCUGGUUAUCUGCGAGUCUGGCGGUACCUUGACUGCACAAGUUGCUAGCAGCAACUCCAAGGAGAUUUUAGGCUACACCCCCGAUGAGCUCUUCGAGCUCGAGUCGAUCUGCAGUAUCCUGCCUGACUCUCAGCAAAGCAUCUUUCUUUCGCAUGUCGGAUUUGUUUUGGAUGAUGAGUAUGACGUGAAGAUUUCUGGGCCAGAAAUCUUUGAUCUAUCCAUCGCAGCUGUGGCAGACGAAACAAAGCGGGUGUGGUGUACCAUGCAUACCAGCAAUAUAUACAAGAAUUAUGUCAUCUGUGAACUGGAGCUGGAGUUGGAGCCAGGCAUCGAAAACACACAAGAAAAAAUGCCUCAUGACUCCCUCAAAUCUGGUGAAGUUGGCCGUCUCAACGAAUCCAAAAACCCGGAUCAGAGCAGAGCAACGCUGGAUUCCGAGCUUUUGAAUGCCCUUCCACGCAUCCUGCAUCCGAUAGCCAGUGCGCAGACAUUGAAUGUUCUGGUACAGCACGCCGUUCUGACUAUACAGCAACUGACGCAAUUUGAUCGAGUGUCCAUGUUCCAUUUCGACGGCGAUCGCAAUGGACUCGUCAUUGCAGAUGCUGUCGAUUCAUCACUAGACCUGGAAUCAUGUGAAGGUCUUCACUUUGAAGAGUCGGUAUUCCCCGACGAUGCGAAAAAGCGAUAUCUGCGGAGCCCAGUGUCAUUCUCAUACCGAAAGAGAAGCGAAACUGCUGAGCUGAUUUACCGAGUAUCAACAAAUCGGUUGGGCCUGGACUUAUCCCACUGCUACUUGCCAGUAGCCUCAGAGACUUCUGAGAAUAUGGACCAGCCGAUGAAAGCAUGUAUCUCCAUUGGGAGCUAUGUCUUUGGAAAGUUGUGGGGCUUGAUAUCAUGCCAAUCCUAUGAUGCGGAUUUGCAACUCCACCCGCUUCUUCAGAAGGUGUGUUGGAUUAUGAGCGUGGCUGUCUCCAGCAACAUCGAGCGUCUUUCCUACACACUUCCGUUUCAGUUGAAGGAGCAGAGCGCAUCUCCAGAGCAUACAAACAGUGACAACGUGAAAUGCCCAUCAGGUGAUCUCCUUGGUCUCUUCGGGGCUGAUUAUGCCGCCGCAUCCAUCUUGGGAGAAAUCAAGAUCCUGGGCAGACCGUUCGAUUCACAAGAAGUGCUGGCUCUCCUUGAAUAUUUGAGUGCCAAAGAGCUCGAUACGGUGCUGUGGUCGACGAAUAUUCUCUCUGACUUCGAAGAUCUCGAUUACUCACCCGGUUUUCGGCAUCUGUCAGGCUUACUAUAUAUACCUCUUUCGGGCGACGGACAUGACUUCAUCAUUUUCUUUCGCAGCGAUAAUCAAAAUGAGAACCACCAAAGCCUUGCAGGUGUUCCACAAAAUGGUCUCGACAAGCCAAAUCGCCAGGCUGAGUGGUCUGCCGCGGAGUUUGGAAAAGCAUCCAUCUUGUCUCUGCUAUACCGAACUUUCAGCGAGAUCUGGCAAGAGAAAGAGGCCGCGAUGCAAAACAACCAGCUGAUGAGGUUACUCCUUGCCAACUCCGCGCACGAAUUCCGCACGCCAUUGAACGCAAUCAUUAAUUACCUGGAAAUUGCAUUAGACGGAAGCCUCAAUCAGGAAACACGUGAAAACCUAUCCAGAUCACAUUCCGCGUCCAAAUCUCUCGUCUACAUCAUAAACGAUCUCCUGGAUCUCACGAACGCCGAGAACGGCCAAAGGCUAAUAAAAGAUGAACUCUUCAGUCUAUCAGAGACUCUUUGUGAAGCAACUGAUAUCUUCUGGGAAGAAGCGAGACAAAAACACGUCGAUCUUCAGAUUGUGCAGCACGCUGCAUUACCGCCAGUUCUCGGUGACCAGCGGCGUGUGCGUCAAGUCAUCACCAAUCUAAUCAGCAAUGCCGUUCAGCACACUUCAUCUGGAGCUGUUACCAUCGAAUCAUGUGUUCCGAGUGAGUGCUGGAAGCCUGAACAUAUCACGGUGGAAGUGGCUAUUCACGACACCGGAUCGGGCAUGUCUUCAGAGACUGUUGAAACGCUGUUUUGUGAGUUGGAGCAAGUUUCCAACUCGGGUUACAUGCGGAAUCCCAAGUAUGGGAAAGACGCGAAGGACUCGGCCACGGAGACGGAAAGUGUUCUCGGACUGGGACUCGCUUUGGUUGCUCGCAUAGUUCGAAACAUGAAUGGGCAGCUUAGCCUGAGGUCUGAAGAGGGUAAAGGCAGCUGCUUCAAGAUCAGAGUCAAUUUCCCAUUGCCAGAGAAGGAAUCACAUGAUACUCCUCAGGAGGCUUCGAAAGAAGACUCAGCAAGCGGUCAGAUAGAUAAUAUCCAACGGCCAAACAAUGCUUCAGAUGAAGAUCAAACAUCUUGCGAGACCUGCCAGAGCAAAAGUGAUGAUGGGCAGAAGCCAAAUGAGGCAGUACAAAGUGAAGGAAUUCGCUGUCGCUGCGGUGACGAGACUAUUCCCCCUCAAAACUUCUUGGACGUUGAUAUAUCCCUCAAGUCCGGCGAAUCUCGAGACCUCGCUCUUCCCAUCCACAAGGAGAAGGCUCAUUACGAAUCAUCCUGCACACCUCCCUCAAAGACAUCCACCGAAGGCACAGCCAAUCCUAAGCGGCACGACCCCUCCACUGAAAUGCCCCAACGACCCUCUGAACUCCGCAUCCUCGUCGCCGAGGACGACCCCAUCAACAGCGCCAUCGUGCAAAAGCGCCUGGAGAAACUCGGCCACUUUGUCCACCUAACUAGAAAUGGCAAGGAAUGCACCACUACGUACUUCGAUUUCCCCCUCUGCUUCCACGCCGUCCUGAUGGACCUGCAAAUGCCCAUCGUGGACGGCUUUAACGCAACGAAGAUCAUCCGUGAACACGAGGCACACGCGCCUAACGAGAACCGCCACGUUCCCAUCUUUGCAGUCUCUGCUUCCUUGAAGGAGAGUGACAUGCAGUCAUACAUCGAUGCGGGCUUUAAUGGUUGGAUCAUGAAGCCGAUUGACUUCGAGCGUGUGAACAAGCUACUGCGAUGUGUGGAAGACAAGGAACUGAAGGACAGUUGUCGCUACGAGUGUGGUAUGUGGGAGCAGGGAGGCUGGUUUUGA